AUGGAUGAAGCACAUAUUGAUGGUCAAGAUACCGAUCUCAAUCGAUGGGUAAAAUCAAAGCCGUCAAGAUCGAUUCUGUAUGGAGCUUUCGGUAGUACUUCAUUGAUUCCUUAUGAUCGAAUGCUCAACUUAAUAAUUGGACUAGCAGAUUUCCUCUUACGAACAAAUGAUACUUCACUUUUGUUAGCUCUUCGGAGUGCAAAUUUCGAUACGUAUCAAGCAGUCUUAAAAAAUUUUCAUAACAAUGAAUUGAAAAAUAUUUUGCAGGACAAGUAUCGAGUGCGUAUUGAAGAAGGUUUUAUUCAACAGAAAUGGAUUCUACAACAAGAUUCUGUCAAAAUCUUCUUGAGUCAUUGUGGUAUGGGUUCAUUAUUAGAAUCAAUUUAUCUUGUUAAAACGAUAGUGUGUAUGCCAUUCAAUAUGGAACAGUUUGCCAAUGCAAUUACUAUAGUAAGUUUAGGCAUUGGAAAAUCAUUAUUCACUCCACCUUCGGCUUGGCAAUCCUUUAUAGAUCCAUAUAAUUUUGUUCACUAUACAUUUAAAUCUGAAAGUGUUACAGACAAUGUGAUGACAUUGUGGAUGAAUGAAACAUACGAGAAUGCUGCUAAGUUGAUGUCAUUGGAAAUGAAAUAUGCCGGUGGUACUAAACGUGCUGUUCAAGAAAUUGAAUUUUUUGUCGAACUAAAAGGUGAUCUUGAUCGUUUCACACCAUUUCAAAAUACAUUACCAUUCUAUCAACGAAAUAUGCUCGAUCUCUUAUUCAUAUAUAUUGUGCUACCGGGAAUAAUCUUAUUAUUUAUGAUAUAUCGAUGUUGCAAAGGUUCAACUAAACAAAAGCGCGAUUAA